CUGCUGCAGCUAACUCUGCAUCACCUUGCAGUUCAGACACUGCUGCCUUUCUGCAGUCCUCUCUCACUCUCUCCUAUUUUCCUCCUCUCUUUGCUCCUUCACGAUCCCCCUCCCUCCUUUCUGGUGACUUUGUUUUCUUAUCUGUCAUCCACCCCUCAUUUUAUUUUAUCAAUAUGUACCGGAACCCUUGGAUCUCCAACUAUAUCAACCAUGUCAAGUUGUGCCAAGGCUUCACAGGAGAAACAGCUCCUAAAGUUGGCAAUACCAAACUACAACGAAGAGCUCUUAGCUUCCAGAAAGAGUUCUUGUUUGAAGAGAAAGACGAGGGAACCAACAAAGAAUUAGAUGUCAGUGUGCUGGGAAAUACACCCAAGGUUUCAGAAUUAAGGAAACGUUUUGAGACUGUAAGUUUGAGUCAGAGUUGGGACAUGAACAGGAAAGAGCGAAUUGCAAGGCGUCUGGAGGGAAUCGAUAGUGAUGUUCUCCAAAAUCUCCCAGGUUGUGGAGGUCUAGUUAGUAAUAGACUGCUAGAGGAGGACACUCCGAGAUAUACCCGUGCAGCAGACACCUGUGACCCCUGUACAGUUUCUCUUCAGCACUAUGGCAAAAACGACCCAAACUUUCCAAAUCCGCACAGUGCAGAGGUUCAGUCCAGAACCCACACAGGCCAACCGGAUCCUGUCUACAGCACUGGCUCCACUCAUGUGGUAGAGCUGGACUCUAAGGCCGAACGGAUCGCACGUUACAAGGCAGAACGGCGCCGUCAACUAGCAGAGCGCUAUGGCAUCUCUCUGGAUCAGGAGGCUGAGACCGACUAUACCGCUCGCUACUCCAGAACCUCCAGAGAACCCGACGGCUCAGACCGACAGCACAAGUCAAAGGUAGAAGGAGGAGAUGGGGUGGAGCAUAAUGCUUACACCCCCAGCCAUCAUGUAGAUAGGGCCAGCUCACACAUUCACAGCGAUCCAGAGUACAUCCGUCCAGAGUCCAUCUCUGAGCGUGAGAGGAUGAUGAAUCUGGAGAACCAGAGGAGGGCACAUGAGCGGGAUAGAUUGCAUGGAGGGGUUGCACCUGACCCAUCUGCAUAUAUGGAUGUAUCAGGGUCUGCCAGAGUUCCAGGGAAGGAACCAGGGGCGAUGGGGGUUCCCAGCUCGCCUAAUGCAGGCCGAAGGGCCAUGAUGCCAUCUCCCAAACAGGCAGCGUCUCCUGGUGAUCUGUUUAUUGAGCAGCAGGCUCACAACAUCCUCCAAAGACACGGGCCUCAUCUGAGCCCUGAGCCACUGAGCCCUGAAGUGGAUGAAGAGAAGCUGGAUGACAGAGCAAAGCUGAGUGUAGCCGCCAAGCGCUCUCUCUUCAGGGAGCUCGAGAAAACUUCAGAUGGCUCCGUUUUGAAGACAUGGAGCCGUAACCCUGCUGUUGAACGGAGGCUGAGGAGAGGUCAGGAUCGCUCCCGCACUCAGCCGGUCACCUCAGAGGAAGUGGUCAUUGCUGCUACCUUGCAGGCAUCAUCUCAGCAGAGCUCCAUGGUGAGGGAGCAGGCCAGAGAGGUUCGGCUGGCUCAGGAGGCAGCGGAGACAGAUCAAGCUCGCCACACAUCUCCAGGCGAGGAAGGCCAAGAAGAGCCAGACCUUUCCACGCUCAGUCUAGCAGAGAAGAUGGCACUCUUUAACCGCCUGGCACAGCCAUCCAGCCACGGCUCUCGGGCCAGGGGAGACACUCGGUCACGUAGGAGUAAUGCACGCUACCAGACUCAGCCAAUUACACUAGGAGAGGUUGAACAGCUGCAGCCUGCAGGUGGAGCUCGUUUUGCAUCCGCCUCUACCUCGGCCCUGAGAUCCUCAACUGUUUCCACUGAACAUGCUGGUGACAUCCACCUGACCAUGCCUAGUGUAUCUGGCCCUGCCUACUAUGAGCAGACCCUCUCCCCACUUUACCAUCCUCAACCUGCCCAGCAUGUCCAAGCACAUCAGAGUCCAGAUGUGUCCCUGGUGGCCCAAGGAGAAAAGCUGGUAUUGAGCAUGGGGAAAAGGAAGCUCCCAUCUCCAGAGAGCAUGAAACAGACACCACACGCUCAACCGACCAAGGACUGGGAGGAAUAUAAAGGGCACAAUGAGGCUCUGGUGACCCCUCAAGACCUUUUAGAAACAGAUGGAGAGCACAAGUCAAAGGCAGCCAUGUCAGAUCUUCCUGUGCAUACAGCCGCAGUACGUGCAGCGGCAGCUGUAUCACAGGGCUCAUCCUCUUUACGGAUCGGCUCUCUAGCACAGCACGCACAGACGCACACAGAGUCUGCCGGACAUCUCUCAGAGGACGACAGGAGAGAAGAAGAGCAGGAGACUGACUUUAAAACAGAGGAGGGAGACAAGCUCUCAGACGUCAUGUCUGCCAGACAGAUGUCCAUCAAAGAGAGGCUGGCACUGUUGAAGAAGAGUGGAGAGGAAGACUGGAGGAACAGGAUAAAUAAAAAACAGGAUGUGGUGAAGGUUGCUGUGUCUGAAAGACACGCCCAGCUAUGGGAAGUGGAGCAGAGCUUCAAGAAGAAGGAUGAUGGGAUGAUGAUAGAUGACUUUGCCGUGUCUGAUCAACUUUGGGAUCCUGUCUUUUCCUCCUCAUUUUCGUGUGCCUCUGAACCACUGGAUCAGAUAGCAAUCCUCCCCAAGAAAAUGGGAAAUGAGGUGGUGGAGACUCAGCGGAUGGAGCGAAUAGAAAUGUCUAUUCAGGAACGCAAGCAGCUCAUCACCGCACAAGAGGAUGCCUGGAAAGUCAAAGGUUACGGAGCAUCCAAUGACUCCACUCAGUUUACAGUGGCUGGCCGUAUGGUUAAAAAAGGUCUGGCGGCCCCCACUGUUCUCACAAAUCCAGUCCUAUCCCCUCUGUCCUCUAAAAACAAGAAUACCUCCCAUACCAUCUCAAAGCCACACGAAGAGAUUGAAGUCAGAGAGGACAUGAAGCUGGAGUCAGACAAGAAGCUGGAAAAGUUGGAGUCAUUCCUUGGUCGCCUCAAUAGUAAAGUUGCAGGACUUCAAGAGGCCACAAUUGCAGUCACAGAGAAAUCUGUUAAAGAGGUCAUGACUUUAGAUGAUGAAAUCUUUGAUAAGUUUUACCGACACACAGAAGAUAUGGCUAAGAUCACUAGCAGAGUGGAAAUCAAUGACAACUUUGAUGACAUUUUUGGAAUGCAGCUGCCCAGGUUGACCUCAGACAUGGUACAGCACAAGCGUGCAGUACGGCCCACCAGAAAUGUUCAAUCAUCCAAAAACCCCUUGAAAAUGUUGGCCGUUCGGGAGGACAUCAGACACGAGUACACAGAGCAAAGGCUGAAUAUUGGCCUUCUGGAGAGCAAGAGGAUGAAACAGGAAAAGAUGAAUAAGAACAGCGGUUUCUCUGAGGUUGCUCUUGCUGGAUUGGCUAGCAAGGAAAACUUCAGCAGUGUGAGUCUGCGAAGUGUGAAUGCAUCUGAUCAGGGUUCCAACAACAGCACCAUGCCCUAUAAAAAACUCAUGCUCAUUCAGGUCAAAGGUCGACGGCAUGUUCAGACCAGACUGGUUGAGCCCAGAGCUUCCUCCUUGAACAGCGGUGACUGCUUCCUUUUGAUCACACCCCACCAUUGCUACAUCUGGAUUGGAGAAUUUGCAAAUGUUAUCGAAAAGGCCAAAGCUGCAGAGUUAGCUACAUUUAUUCAGACCAAGCAUGACCUGGGCUGCAGAUCUUCGUAUGUGGAGACCAUCGAGGAAGGUGCCAACACUCACACUUAUGCUGCCAAAGAGUUUUGGAAGCUUCUCGGCGGCCAAGCCAGUUAUCAAUCCGCUGGCACUCCAGAAGAAGAUGAGUUCUAUGAGAGUGCCAUCGUAGAAACCAACUGCAUCUACAGGCUCAUGGAGGAUAAACUUGUUCCUGAAGAUGACUACUGGGGUCGAGUCCCUCGCUGUUCUAUGCUGAACCCUAAAGAAGUGCUGGUGUUUGACUUUGGUAGCGAGGUCUACGUAUGGCAUGGUAAGGAGGUGACACUGGCACAGAGAAAAGUGGCUUUUCAGCUGGCAAAGCACUUAUGGAAUGGCACCUUUGACUACACCAACUGCGAUAUUAAUCCUUUGGACCCUGGAGAAUGCAAUGCACUUAUACCCAGGAAAGGCCAGGGACGACCAGACUGGGCUGUGUUUGGUAGAUUAACUCAGCACAAUGAGACUAUUCUUUUUAAAGAGAAGUUUUUGGACUGGACUGAGGCCAAGAAAUCCACUAAGAAGAAUGGCGACUUGCAUGAUGUUGAAAACAAGGAGAAUCGAGGUGGAGAAUGUCGGCCUUACGAUGCAUCACUGAUGUUGGCGACAGUACGGACGCCAGUCAAGACUGUUCUGGAUGGGGUUGAUGUCGGACGAGGUUAUGGAUUGGUGGAAGGUGACGAGGGGCGUAAUUUUGAGAUCAGCACGUUGUCUGUUGAUGUCUGGCACAUUCUAGAGUUUGACUACAGUCGUCUACCCAAACUGAGCAUUGGUCAGUUCCAUGAAGGGGACACGUACGUGGUCAAAUGGAAGUACAUGAUCAGCACAGCAGUUGGCAAGAGACUGCAUUCAGAACGAAUCAUCGGUCCAGGGAAGGAGAAAUGUUGUUAUUUCUUCUGGCAGGGCCGCAACUCUACUGUGAAUGAGAAAGGAACUUCAGCACUUAUGACUGUUGAGCUGGAUGAGGAGAGGGGUGCUCAGUUUUUGUCACAGACCCACGAAACGGGCGUCAAAUCGUGCGGCCUAUUCGGGAAUGAUGACUGGCGCUUAUACUGUGUGCGAGGAGAGAAACCCAUAGAGGGCCAUCUGUUAGAGGUGGUUUGUCACUGCAGCAGCUUACGAUCCCGCACCUCUAUGAUCCUCCUGAACAUCCCAAAAGCCAGCAUGUACCUGUGGCACGGCUGCAAAGCGCAGAUGCACACACGUGAUGUGGGCCGUACCGCUGCCAACAAAAUCAAAGAGCAGUGUCCUCUGGAGGCGGGCCUUCACAGCAGCAGUAAGGUUUCCAUCCAGGAGUGUGAUGAAGGAGCUGAACCACAGGGCUUCUGGGAGGCCUUGGGAAGGAGAGAUCGAAAGGCGUAUGACUGCAUGCUGCAGGAUCCAGGAAAGUUUAACUUCACUCCCCGGCUGUUCCAGUUAAGCAGCGCUUCAGGAGAGUUUGUGGCAGUGGAGUUUGUGUAUCCAUCCAGAGAACCAAAUUUGGUCAACUCGAUGCCUUUCCUACAGGAGGAUUUGUAUACAGCUACUCAGCCAGCCCUAUUUUUGGUGGACAAUCAUCAUGAAGUGUACCUAUGGCAGGGCUGGUGGCCUCAGGAUAGUGAGAGCACAGGCUCAGCUCGCAUUCGAUGGGACUCUGACAGGAAGUGCGCCAUGGAAACUGUGCUCCAAUAUAGCAAAGAAAAAAAUGAGAAAAAAACUCCAAAGUCAUACCUGAUCCAUGCAGGACUUGAGCCUCUUACCUUCACUAACAUGUUUCCCAGCUGGGAACACAGAGAAGACAUUGCUGAUAUCACUGAGAAGGAGGCUGAAGUAUGUAAUCAGAUCAUUCUUGUUGAAGACGUCUUGAGUAGACUCUGCAAGACCACUUACCCACUGGCUGAUCUUCAAGCCCGUCCACUACCAGAAGGUGUUGACCCUUUACAUCUUGAGAUCUACCUGUCAGAUGAGGACUUUGAGGGUGUAGGGGCUUCUGGGAAGAAAGCAUUGGAAAUGACAAGAAGUGAAUAUGAGGCACUGCCAGGAUGGAAGCAAGUGAAUGUGAAAAAAGCCAAAGGACUGUUUUAAAGGAACUCCACUGGAACUGCUGAUUGCGAUUGUGAAUCUGAAGCGGAGACCUUCUCAUUCCUUUUGACCCAGACAGGACAAAUGCAAGUGAAGAUCUACCUGUGUCAAACCACACAGGGAAGUGAAAAAGAGCUGGAGGAAGAAGAAAAGACACAGAUGGGCAGGGGUUUACCAGCCUCUUGUAGCACAUUUCUCUCCCAUUUUCUCCUUUUUUUUUUUUUUUUUUUUUUUUUUAAUCAGUGAAUUAGCAAGAUUUGUUUUCUUGUUGAAUGUUUCGAGUGCUCCUCAGCAUCUUUUCCUCCCGUUGUUCUGCAUUGCUGUGUCCACCUGAAGCCAGUCACCGUCCAACAUGCACAAGGCAGCACUCAUGCACUGCCCAGCUUUAUAUAAAGACCUAAUAAAUGAAAAAUGCCUUUUAGUUAUCUAAUUGUAAGAAAGCUCAAAGGAGCACUUUAUGUAAGUACAUUCAUACCUGCUCUCAUAAAUGGCCUCAAAAUGUUUAAACCUUCCAGAUAGAUGCUUGAACUUGAGAACCCUGUGUGUGUGUGUGUGUGUGCAUGGGAGAGUGUUUGUGAAUCCAUACAGUGUGUGUGUGUGUGUGUGUGUCUCUCUUCAAACAAGAUGGAAUGAAACUGUGGAAUAAGAGAAAAUCUCUUUCUAUUCUGCAUUGUAUAGUGCCUUGCCUUCAUGUACAGUUUAUAUAAAGACAGAUGCUAGUCUGCAUUUUGAAGACGUAUUUGUGAUAUAAAUAAAUAAUGGUGCAAAUAAACACUGAAUAAUGUAGAUAAUUAAAA